AUGAAGCCAAAUGCCUCCACUGGCAAAUUACAUUUAAGCAAAAAUUGCAUUGGCGUCUAUAAACGUUAUCAAUUGUGUAAUGAACAGCCUUGUCCUUCUCAUUUGGAAGAUUUUAGAGCUUUACAAUGUUCGUCUUACAAUAACGUGGACUUUCAGGGUCAACAAUUUGUGUGGGAGCCGUAUAUUAAAGAUGAUGCUGAGUGUGAGCUGAAUUGCAAACCUUUGGGCAUGAAAUAUUUUGCUACUUUAAAUGCGACCGUUAUUGAUGGUACUGCUUGUGAAAGGCCUGCUGAAUAUUAUAGAUCAAAUUAUAGCGGUCGAGCAAUGUGUAUUGAUGGUAUUUGUAAGGAAGAAUUGAAAGUGAAUAAUAAAACUUUGCUUCUCUCUCUUUUCCAGCUAACACACUCAUUCAUCAUACUUGAUCCCACCGGAUGUCAUCUAAGUGACAACGAACUUUCGCCUCCCAAUCCGAAAUGUUCAUGGAUAGAGAAAGCUGUCAAAAGUCUACCCAAAUAUCGUAAUUUCUUCGCCGGUCUAUUACAAGAAGCGAGCGGUGAGUUUGCUUAUGAGCUGCAGGAAAUCUUUAAUGCAAUUUGUGAGGCCAUGGUGGAAAAUGAUCGAAGAAAGCAGCGUGAACAAUUGACGAUAGCCAAAUGGUUAAUGGAUAAUAAUAAGAAAUUAAAUGAGUACUUAUUAAAGAAGGGAAUUUGGAAGAUAUAAGUUUUUGUGUAA